UCCACUCUGGCAAGGCAACGUUAGCUAGACGUGCUCGAGGUAUCGUACAGCACUCCCGUUUUCAAAUUGGCAAGUUUGGCUGAGUUACAAUACUAUACCAGACUAAAACAGAUGGUUAUUCAAAAAAGGUAACAAGGAAGGAGAGAAAGUCACUGACAUGGCUGCAAAAAUUGGGAAAUCUCCUGGCAUGUACCCACCAGUGGAAAAGCUCAACUUGGCAGCAGACCCCAGGAAAAUGCGUAGGAUCAUUGCAGAGGAUCCUGAGUGGUCUCUGGCUGUGGUGCCCCUCUUAUCAAACCUCUGUUUGCAACACAUAGUGAGAAACUUUGAAGACAAGCCCAUUUUAGAAGAGCUUCUCCCUAGUCACAAAGACUAUGUGUUGGAGAGGCUGUCGCCGUCUCUGCCUCUGUGUGUGACGGCCAACCUGAUCAGCGAUGACGGCUAUUGGAAGCGGUGCUGCACGCUGCGAUGGGGCCUGUGCGAUGUCUCCGAAUACAGUCAAAGCUGGAAACGAAUGUUCUUUGAGAGGCACCUAGAGAACCUCAUAGAGCUUUUCAUCCCAGAUGCGACGGACCCAAAGACGGUCUUGAACAUGAUCCCUCUCUGCAGGACCUAUGUGAGGAGGCUGAAUAUCUCCCAGUUGCUGCCCCCCAUCAAGGAGCCCCAGAAGUCAGAAGAAGAUGACAGUUCAGACUCAGCCAGUGACAUGGGCUUGGAUGGGCCUUCCAUGGACCACUUCGACUUUGGUAUCCUGCUGAACAAGCUGACAAACUUAGAGGAGCUGAACCUGGUCUACAGGGUGAAAGGCUGUGGCAUGAACUUCGAAUGGAACCUGUUUGAGUUCACCUACCGGGAUUGUGAGUCUCUUUCCAAGGCCUUAAAGUCCUGUAAAACCUUAAAGGUGCUGAGGCUCCACCAAAGUAAAGUCGAUGAUGAAAAGUGUCGGAUAUUGGUGAACCAACUUCUGGACCACCCCACCCUGAAGGAGCUCAAUCUCUCCCACAACCUGAUAGGGGACAGGGGUGCUCGGGCAAUUGGCAAACUGAUCAACCAGAGCAAGCUGGAGACGCUUGACAUCUAUGACAACAGCAUCCAUGCCCCUGGCGCCCAGGCUCUAGCCCACGCCUUGUCCAAGAACGCCACCCUGCUGUCCCUCAACAUGCGUCUGAACCGCCUGGGGAACGAGGGAGGCCAGGCCAUUGGCCAGUCUCUGCUGAAGAACCACACCCUGCUCCACUUACACCUGGGGAGCAACGAGAUGAGCAAGCCCACCGCUGUAGUCCUGUCUCAGGUCCUGGUUCACAACAAGACCCUCAAGAGCAUCAAUCUCUCCUGCAACAGACUGGGUGUGGAUGGAGGCAAAGUGCUGGAGGAGGGGAUGUCUCACAACACCACGGUCAUGGAAUGUGACAUUCGCCUGACGGAGGUGGGUCAGGAGAGUGAUUACUGCAUCAACCAGGUGGUACGAAACAACCAAAACAGAGCACGCCGAAAACGUGCCCAAGAGAACCACGCUAAGUAAACCUUCAGAGCAUUUGUAUCAAAUACAUAACCAUCUUUAU